UAAAAUAGCAUGAGUUGUUGCAUGGAACUGAAUACAAUCGUCCUAACUCUACGCUUUUGGAAUUGACAUGUUAGAUGAACCAAUUCUCUUGUAAUUUGCAAAGCUUUCGCCACCUUCUGAAAACAUGCAUUGCCGACAGAGACCUCUUUACAGGCAAAGCCCUCCACGCACUCUACAUCAAGUCCCUCCUUCCUCCUUCCACUUACCUUUCCAACCACUUCAUCCUCCUUUACUCCAAAUGCGGCCGUCUCUCCGCCGCUCGCAGCGCCUUCAACCACACCCAGGACCCCAAUGUCUUCUCCUUCAACGCUAUCAUUAAUGCAUACGCUAAAGAGUCGCACACCCACAUUGCACACCAACUGUUUGAUAAAAUUCCUAUACCGGACUUGGUCUCUUAUAACACUCUCAUUUCUGCUUAUGCCGAUAGGGGGGAGACUGAGCCGGCGUUGAGCUUGUUCGCUGGGAUGAGAAGAAUGGGUCUCGACAUGGAUGGGUUUACCAUCUCUGCUGUGAUCACGGGUUGUGGUGAUGAUGUCAGUUUGCUUAGGCAAUUGCAUUGUGUGGUGGUGUCGGGUGGCUUUGAUUCAUAUGUUUCGGUGAACAAUUCGCUUGUAACUUACUAUAGUAAAAAUGGGUUUCUGGAGGAGGCAAAACGGGUGUUCUUGGUGACGGGAGAGGUGAGAGAUGAAGUGUCUUGGAAUUCGAUGAUUGUGGCGUACGGCCAGCACCGCCAAGGGUUGAAAGCGCUGGGGUUGUUUCAGGAAAUGGUAAGGAGGGGCUUCGAUGUCGACAUGUUUACAUUGGCAAGUGUUUUGACUGCAUUUACGUGUGUGGAAGACUUGUUGGGUGGACUUCAGUUUCAUGCUAAGUUGAUCAAAACUGGUUUCCACCAGAAUUCCCAUGUUGGGAGUGGCUUAAUUGAUUUAUAUUCGAAGUGUGCUGGUGGCAUGGCAGAAUGUAGGAAAGUGUUUCAAGAGAUCCCUCUUCCAGAUUUGGUUCUUUGGAACACGAUGGUUUCUGGGUAUUCUCAAAAUGCUGAGUUCUCUGAAGACGCUCUUCAUUGUUUCCGGAAAAUGCAACGUGUUGGUCACAGCCCUGAUGAUUGCAGCUUCGUCUGUGUGAUCAGUGCAUGCUCUAAUUUGUCAUCCCCCUCUCAGGGAAAGCAGAUUCAUGCCUUAGAAAUUAAAUCUGAUAUCCCUUCAAAUAAAAUUUCGGUGAAUAAUGCUCUUGUUGCAAUGUACUCGAAAUGCGGAAAUCUUCAUGAUGCAAGAAGGUUAUUUGAUAGAAUGCCAGAGCAUAACACUGUCUCUUUAAAUUCAAUGAUUGCAGGUUAUGCACAGCAUGGGAUUGGAAUAGAAUCGCUAUGGCUUUUUGAACAUAUGCUUCAGAUGGAUAUUGUUCCUACACGAGUAACCUUUAUCUCUGUCCUUUCUGCUUGUGCUCACACUGGAAAAGUAGAGGAGGGUCAGAAGUAUUUCGAUAUGAUGAAGGAGAAGUUUGGGAUUGAACCAGAAGCAGAACACUAUUCAUGCAUGAUUGAUCUUUUAGGUCGAGCAGGCAAACUGGGUGAAGCUGAGAGACUCAUCGAGACGAUGCCAUUCUGCCCUGGCUCCAUUGGCUGGGCUACAUUACUUGGUGCCUGUAGAACGCAUGGAAAUAUUGAACUAGCAGUAAAGGCAUCCAAUCAGCUUCUUCAGCUGGAACCUCUAAAUGCUGCUCCAUACGUGGUGCUGUCUAAUAUGUUUGCUAGAGCAGGCAAAUGGGAAGAGGUAUCAACAGUUAGAAAGCAUAUGCGAGAUAGAGGAGUGAAGAAGAAACCAGGUUGUAGUUGGAUCGAGGUGAAUAAGAGGGUACACGUUUUUGUGGCUGAAGAGAUUUCCCACCCGAUGAUCAAAGAAAUUCAUGAAUACUUGGGGGAGAUGUCGAGGAAGAUGAAGCAAGCGGGGUAUGUGCCUGAUUUAAGAUGGACCUUGGUAAAGGACGAUGAAUCGGUGCAAGGAGAGAGGGAGAUUAGGUUAGGGCAUCACAGUGAAAAGCUAGCGGUUGCAUUUGGGUUGCUCUCGACGAGAGAGGGAGAGCCUUUGCUUGUGGUGAAGAACCUGAGGAUUUGUGGGGACUGCCACAAUGCAAUCAAGUUUAUCUCUGCCAUUGCUGGGAGAGAAAUCACUGUGAGAGAUGCCCACAGGUUUCAUUGCUUUAAGGACGGACAUUGCUCUUGUGGGGAUUAUUGGUGACAAUGUGUGAACUCCAGUUCUCUUGCUCCAGAAGGUGAAGUUCCGGCUUCUGCAAACACGAUGCCAUUGAAUUUUCUUACAAAGCGACUUAGCGUAUCAAUAGAGGAUGAUUCUUGGUCCUGAUUUCCGUGUAACAAGCCAGAUUUUAUUCGCUACCACCACAUUGUAUUUGUCAUUACAGUCACUUUCUUAUACAGCUAUAGAACAAAAUUGCUGGUGGAAAGGUGGAGCUGAAAGAUUUGGAGAACGAAAUAAAGCACGGUACGGAAAUCAAUCA